CCGUGUGGCGCAAUUCUCGCUAUUAUAAAUAAAUUAUCGUGUGGAAAGUAGGAAAUACCAUUCGUGAACAUUAAAUGCGCGCAGGCAUGUGAACAUACGACAUAUCUAAUUGAAAGGUGCUAAAUAUCGGAUAUCUGUGAUUCGAAAUCUUUGAAGACAGCGUACCACCACCAAGCCACAAAAGCAUGUAUGGCUUUGUGAACCACGCCUUGGAGCUGCUGGUCAUCAGGAGGUUUGGACAGGACAAAUGGGAGGAGGUCAAGCGCGAGGCAGACCUUAUCAUGGAGGGAAAGUUCAUUAUUCGCCAUAUCUACCAAGACGCCGCCACCUACAGCGUCGUCGGGGCCGCCUCGAGGAUCCUCAACCUUCCGGCGGCUUUUUUACUGGAGGAGUUCGGGAAGAUGUUCUUCGACUUUUGUAAGGAGUCUGGCUACACAAAGAUUCUCAAGGUUUUAGGUGCGAAUACCCGUGAAUUCCUCCAGAACUUGGACGCGCUUCACGACCACCUGGCCACCAUCUACCCAGGGAUGCAGGCACCAUCUUUUCGGUGUACAGACGGCGAGACGGGCGACCUAGUCCUCCACUAUUACUCCGACCGCCCAGGGCUCGAGUCAAUCGUGAUUGGCAUUGUCAAGGCCGUCGCGAAGAACCUCCAUGGGUCAGAAGUCGAAGUAAAUGUCAUUAAGACGAAGGAGGAAUGUGAUCAUGUACAGUUCUCUAUCGUGGAGAAAGACAAAUCUAAUAAAAAAGAAGAUGACACGUGUCAUUCGUGUGAUAUGAUGAGUCUUGAGCCGAAAAUCAGCCCAGCCACGUUCUGUAGGGCGUUUCCGUUUCAUAUUGUAUUUGACAAGAACAUGAAAAUUACUCAAACUGGGUUCUCCCUAGCGCGGGUGAUCCCAAUGGUAGGUAAUGGGAAUUGUCUAAUCAAUGACGUAUUUGAGAUGGUGCGGCCGCAUAUGGAGUUUGAUUUCAACCACAUUCUGUCCCAUAUCAACACCGUCUACGUCCUUCGCUCCCGUGACGGCAUCAUCGGCUCCGACGCCGACGACAACGCCAACAACCGGUACGAGAAUCAAGACACGUCACGUAUGCGUCUGAAGGGACAGAUGGUGUACGUGCCUGAGUCCAAAAGCCUCCUGUUCAUGUGUUCCCCCGGCGUCAAUAGUCUGGAUGAUCUUUCCCGCCGCGGACUCUUUCUAAGUGACAUCCCGCUACAUGACUCAACGCGAGAUCUCGUACUGUUGUCUGAGAAGUUUGACGAGGAAUAUAGACUGACACAGAAACUCGAGUUCCUCACCGAUAAGCUGCAGACGAUGCACCGGCAGCUCGAAAUCGAGAAGCAGAAGACAGACAAACUGAUGUACUCAAUACUUCCGCCGUCCGUGGCCAACGAAUUACGCCACAACCGUACCGUCCCCGCCCGGAAGUAUGAGAACGUGACGCUCAUGUUCAGCGGUAUUGUGGGAUUUGGGAAGUUUAGCACGAGUAACUCGGACGCCCGCGGCGCCAUGAAGAUUGUCCAGCUUCUUAACACGGUCUAUACAAAGUUUGAUGACAUUCUACAAAGACACACGGAUGUGUUUAAGGUUGAAACAGUCGGUGACAAGUAUAUGGCGGUGAGUGGCCUGCCGGAAGAUUCUAUUACACAUGCGCGGUCUAUUGCCAAACUGGCCUUGGAUCUGAUGGACGUAUCGAAGGAACUUCGGAAUCCUAACAACCAUCUCAUUGAGAUUACAAUCGGUAUUCAUUCGGGCGAGAUCGUAACGGGAGUAAUCGGGAAACGAAUGCCGCGUUACUGUCUCUUCGGAAACACCGUCAAUCUGACGUCACGUACGGAAACCACCGGCGUCACCGGCAGAAUCAACGUCUCGCAGUAUGCCUACACGUACCUCAAGUCGGGCCCAUGUUACGACGAGGAGUUUCACUUCACUUACCGCGGCGAGGUCAAGAUGAAGGGCAAGGACGCGCCCAUGGAAUGCUGGUUCCUUACUCGCAAACUCACUCUUAAUGACUAGACCAUCAAGUCGCGGCGCUUUUGUUUACUUAAGAAAAACUCAGAUCAUGUAAUUCCUUGGUAAAAUGACAUAAUGAAUUGGUUCCAUACUAGCAAAUUCGUUUGUAAAUACUUCAAAUCACACUUAUGGAGAAUAACAGAGCGCGAAUGCAAUGAAAGACUAUCUGCGAGCAAGUUUGUACGUGUUGUUAAUUUUAACCACUUUCAAUCGAUCCUAAAAGUUGAUAUAUUAUACUUUCUUAUUAUAUAAUAUCUAAUCAAAGCACCAAUAUAUAUAUAUCAUACAUCGGCGUAGCUCCAAUAGGCACUUCGUUUCCAAAAAUGAAAAAUACAAAACGUCCAAAUCUGCUAUAAAAACUGAAAGGUAAGGGGGUGACAGCUUAAUAAACAUUUAAGUAAACACAACAAGUUAACUAAGCAUAUUUUUCAAAUAAGUAAAGUGCCCUUUUUUAAGACGGUCGAACGUUUAAAGCUGACAACUUUUUUUU